ACCAAAUGCGCGGCAGUUGGUCUAAAUAAAUCUUUUCAAGGAUGGAGUAAAUAAUGAUGUCGGUAUUACAAGUCUGAGUUCAAAUAAUGCAAGGCGAUUCCGUCCAAAACUCAGACCGGGUAAGACUGCGACCCUUCAGGUCUGAGAGUGAAUCUAGACAGCUGCGCAGAGUUCAGACCAGGAAGGUUCCUUACAGAGUGGGAUACAACUGGAACAAGGGAGGGAGACUCAAGGAGCUCAGGAUAAGACACUUGGCGAGAAAAUUCCUGAAGAUAUGGAUACACAACACCUUUGGUCGAGUUCUGCCCCUGCAAGCCAGGUCCCACUACAGUAGAGGCCUCCUGAGACGAGCCUUUGAAACAUGGAGGGACGACUGGUGGACAUCCAGGAGGGAAUGGAGUCUUCUAAUGAGAGCAGAGUGCCACUACAGGUAUUAUCUGUUUAACCUGGCAUUUUAUGGGUGGAGAAAUUUUACAUCUCUGCAGAGACAGAAAAAGACUAAAUUACAACAUGCACAAUCAUUAGCUAAUAGGCGACUGGCCCGAUUGGCUUUGGACAGAUGGAAGGUUUUCAUUGAGAUCAGGAGAGGACAUUGGAUGAUGCUUGAAUCCUUCCUUGAGCAGAAGAGGCUUUCGGAUUUGCACUCAGUGUGGAAUCUGUGGCAGUCAAGGCUGCAGAAGCAGCAGCACCUUAAGGUGUUAGAGGAUCAAGCAAAAAAUAAAAGGGCGCUGAGCUUACAGAGCAAGGCUUGGAGUCUCUGGAAAGAGACACAUAGAACUGCUUCUUACCAGAAAGAAGAAGAAUCUAAAGCAGCUCUCUAUUUCAUUGUCCGCCUUAAAACAAGAGCAUUUUGUCGGUGGAUGAGUUUCGCCUCCCAUCAAAAGACCAAGAAAGACACACAAGCCGUGGCUCAGCGCGCCUGUCGUCUCCGCCUGGUCAGGAAGUAUUGGAGGGAAUGGAGAAAGGCUCUGAAUCGCAAACAGAAUGAAGAGAGGCGAUUGCAAGUUGCAAACCGCUUGGCUGUUCAGAGCACUCGACGCAGAGCGCUGGUGCACUGGAAAGCCUAUGUUCAGCUGUGCAGAGAAGAAGCGGACAGGAACCAGACAGCAUGUCAGCAUUUCCAGAAUCAUUUACUGCACGCUGGACUGCAGGGGCUCUCUCUGAACGUUAGCUGGAACAAAGCGCACCGACUGAACAACAACAUGGCCGUCCAGCACCGUCAGCAAACAAUGCUGGCUAAGUACUGGAGGCUGUGGACGGAUCGGCUGGAGGAGGUUGAAGAUCGGAGAUUUCAGCCCCUAAUCGAAAAGGCGCUGAAUAUUUGCAGGGUUUCUGUGCUGAGACGUUGUUUCCACCACUGGAGAGAAACGCUUGCUGAACAGAUUCAUAUGCAGGAAGUGGAGCGUCGCGCAGAUGUUUGGUUUGCUGAGCGGACCUUACCCCGAUGUUUCCAGUCUUGGGUGGAGUUCACUCUGCAGGGACAGCUGCGAGAACAGAGAAGAUUCAAAGCCGAAGCCUUUAAUCGGAAGCGUCAGUUCGCCUGGGUGUUUCACAUCUGGUGGGGACGGUCAGAGAAGCACAAGGAGGAGAAGCUCUCUGAGCGGAUGGCGGUUCUCCACGACGAGCAGCGCUGUGUGCAGGGAGCCUGGCUGCGGUGGAGAGGACGCACACAGCAGCGGAUCAGAGAGGCAGAGAAACGGGAAGCUUCAGAACGUCUGCACACUCAAAGGCUUCUGCACAACACUCUGGUACAGUGGAGGGGCUACAGCUCUGAGAUACGAGACAGGAGAAUCAGAGAGCUGCAGGCCUGUCUUCAGGGGGAUUCAUGCAGUCUGCGAUGGGCUGUAGAGAAAUGGAAGAAGUUUGUUCAGAAGCGGCGAGUGAAGAAAAGCAGGCUGAAGGAGAUUCAAGGCCACCAUGAAGCUAAACUUCUCAAACAAAGCUUUGUGGCCUUAGAGAAUCAUCGCUUUGAGAUGUCUCUGAUGUGUGAACAUGCAAAGGAGCUUCAACAGCAGCGAACACAGAUUUUCCUCAGGAAAUCUCUAACAGCAUGGAGGGAGAAAGCAGAGCUGCUGGCUGAGGUUCGACUCGCAGAGCAACAAGCCCAGGAGCAUUUCCAACAAUCCGUUCAGCAGAAGGUUUUUCAUGCUUGGAGAGAAGUAACGAGGCGUUCACUGUUGAAGCGCCACCAGCAGAGGGAGAUGCUCAGGCAGGCUCAGAAAACAGUCAAUGAAGCUCGGCUGCGGCUGAUUUUCAGACAGUGGAGGGAACAAACCGCAGAGGCUCGGAGGCUGAGGAUAAACAUGGAAAAGGCCAGAAGGCAUCACGACUCCAAGCUGCUUUCUACAACCUUGAAUGCAUGGAGCAACUAUCACUGCCAGCACCAGAGAGAUAAGGUCAUGAAAAGACAAGGACUACUUUUGCUGAGGUUAAAGAUGUACCAGAAGUUCUUUGAGCAAUGGAAAACAAAGCUGCAGCACAGACGCAGGGAGGCUAGCCAGACGGAGCGAGCUCUCUGGCACUGGUCUCUCACCCUCCAGGCCAAGGUGUUGCAGGGAUGGAGGCUCUGGGUGACAGAGCAGCGCAGCAAGCGGGAAGCUGCAGCCAGAGCUGCACUGGUAUACAGGGACCAGCUGCUGAGGGAGGGCGUGACGUGCAUCCUCACGUACGCCGCGCACAUGAACGACCUCACAGAGAGUUUGACGCAGCUCAGCCAGGAACAGAGAUCGCAGCGCCUGCAGAGAGUCGUGAGGCGCUGCGCCAUGCGGUGGAAGCGGCGGGCGUUGGGUAAAUCACAAAAGGAGCAAGACGUCAGAGCACAGCCACAAAAGAAGAGUGUGAGCUUCUGUUUGCCGGGUCCUGGAGGCGUUUCCACGCCUCACUCAGCGGAGCAGGAAACUGAAGCACUUAGCAGCCACACUGAAGAAGCACUGAAACCGAAUCAGAGAGGCUUCAUAUCUGGAGCUGAGUCGCCUCUGGAGAGCAGAACUCAAGAUCUUCUUCUGCCACCCUCAGCCUUCAUGACCUCAAAGACACAGAAAUCUUUGGACAGUUCAGGUCUAAGAGAAAAUCCAUUUGUUUCCCUUUGUGAGUUUGAGACUUCCUCUACACACCUCACAUCAGAUACCAAUUUGAAAAAUUCUCCUGAAAAAGAAGCGUCGGUUCUGAUGAGGGAGCUUCUCAGCAUUCAGACGGACAUGAAGAACUUCCAGCAGAGCAAGAAGCAACUUCGGGCAUGGCGCAAGCUGAGAGACGUGUUACAGAGUUGGCUGCAGACGAGUGCAGAAGAUGAACAAGUGGAAAAAAGUGCAGUUUGUGAGGAGCUGAAGGAGCUGGAGCGGCGCAUUCAGGAACUGUCCACGGAGCUGGAAAAACAGAAACCUACCAUCCUGCUUCAUGUGGAGAGGAUCCAAGAUUUGCAGUCUGUCCUCGGUACCACAGGAGUUUAUCCUCUCUGUUAAAAACAAGUAGACAUGGACAUCACAGAAACAAUAGGUCAUUCAUCUAUAGACUGUUUACACUCACGUGCCUCAAAUUCCCGUAGAACUACAGAUCCAGAUAUGUUCAUCUGAUGCACAUUUUGUUACAUGUUUGCUCUUUUUUUUUUUCAAAUAAACUUUGAAAUACUA